UCCUCCUGCGCCCGCCCGCCUGCCCGCCCUCCAUCCCUCCAUCCCUCCCUCCCUCCCUCCCGCACGGCAGCCGCGCUCGCCCAGCGGACGGGGUGUAAGGCAGCGACGUCGGCAGGAGCAUGGCCCGUACCAAGCAGACCGCCCGCAAGUCCACCGGUGGCAAGGCGCCCCGCAAGCAGCUCGCCACCAAAGCCGCCCGCAAGAGCGCGCCCUCCACUGGCGGGGUGAAGAAGCCGCACCGCUACAGGCCGGGUACCGUGGCUCUGCGUGAAAUCAGGCGCUAUCAAAAGUCCACCGAACUUUUGAUCCGCAAACUCCCCUUCCAGCGUCUGGUGCGUGAAAUUGCUCAGGACUUCAAGACAGAUCUGCGCUUCCAGAGCGCUGCCAUCGGUGCUUUGCAGGAGGCAAGUGAAGCCUACUUGGUUGGGCUGUUUGAAGACACCAACCUGUGUGCUAUCCAUGCCAAACGUGUCACAAUCAUGCCAAAAGAUAUCCAGCUAGCACGCCGCAUACGUGGGGAGCGUGCCUAAAGCCUCGCCACGAUGGGUCUGUCAUUCUCCAAGCAAAAUCUUCUUCCUGUUAUUGGUAGUAAUGAACGUUAGAUAUUUUUUCCAUGGGGUUAAAAGGUACCUUAAGUAUAUGGUUGCAAGUGGAAAAAUAGGGGACAGAAUUGGGUAUUGGCAAGUUUUCUUUUCAUUUUCAUUUGUGUGUGGAUUUUUAAUAUAAACAAGGGGGACAUAAAAACAAACAAUGCGGUCAAAAAAAAAUAAAAAUGUGAAUCGUUGAAACUUGUUCACCAAAACAACUUUAUAAAAAAAAAAUUAUAAAUAAACCUGUCAAAUUUUUCUGGACAAUGCCAGCAUUUGGAUUUUUUUAAACAAGUAAAUUUCUUAUCAAUGGCAACUAAAUGGUGUUUGUAGCAUUUUUAUCAUACAGUAGAUUCCAUCCAUUCACUAUACUUUUCUAACUGAGUUGUCCUACAUGCAAGUACAUGUUUUUAAUGUUGUCUGUCUUCUGUGCUGUUCCUGUAAGUUUGCUAUUAAAAUACAUUAAAUGAU